AAAAUCGGUGAGCGUGAUGCUAUGCUCCACAAGGCUGUUGAUGAUGCUAUUGCCGAGCUCUCUGCUUAUGCCAAGACUCCCGCCUACAAGACCACUGUGACCAACCUCAUUGUCCAGGGUUGCUUCUCUCUUCUUGAGCCUGAGGUCACCAUUCGUUGCCGUCAGGAGGAUAUGGCUCUUGUUGAGAGUAUCAUCCCCCAGGCUCAGAAGAUCUACGCUGCCGAGAUCGCCAAGCAGGCUAAGGGCACUACCAAGGCUGUUGUACUCACCCUAGACAGGAAGAACCCUCUCAAGGGCAAGGCUGGUGGUGUUGUGCUUAGUUGCAACGAUGGCAAGAUCCGUGUUGAUAACACUCUGGACGCCCGUCUUCGUCAACUUGAGGAGAAGGACAAGCCUAAUCUGCGUAAGGUCCUCUUCCCUAUUGAGGCCUAA